AUGCAUUUCUCAACUACAGCUAUUGUGCUAAGCACCCUCGCCGCUGGACAGGCCCUCGCUGCUUCCAUCCUUCCCCACGCCCACGGCCAUGCUCACCAGCAAGGCAAGCGUCACAACAACGCUGUCCGUCACGUAGAGUUCAUGAAGGCUCAGAGUGAGCGACGAGAUGCAGCUCUCCUUAGUGCCACCGACAGUAGCUUGCUCACCACUUUGGGCUUUACAAGCUCUGGUACAAAUGCUGUUGCGUCCAGUGCAACCGUCCCAUGGCUCGGAAACGAUGGUAAAUGGACCAAUGAAUUCACAAAUGAGUCUGACGAUGAUAUCGUCCUCGCUGUAUGGGGUCCAGUAGGAUCAUGGGUUAACAACGUCAAGCCACAAAUCACAGUCUCGAUUCCAAAGGGUGGAAGCAAAACUGUCUCCUUCCCUGAUGGUUGGUCCGGCGCUUGGGCUCCUGUACACAAAGGCACAAAACUGGUUAUGGGCCAGAUCUACGAUACCUGGGGUGAAGCUACAUUCAGUGCGCCUUUCAGUGUUGCUGAUGUUUCACGAGAAGUCAACAUGAAAGGUCGAAGCAUGACCAUUGUUACUCCAACAUGCACAUCAGACAUGAACACUUGUGUCUUCAAGUGCGAUGGCGGUGUUGAGACAUGCAUGACUGGCUACUCGCUUGUGAACUGUGCAACCAACUCUCAACCUGGCGCCUACUUUGGCUACGACUACUUGGGUGCUGCUAGUGGCGGCUGUGGUGGUAUGGGCAACAGUGCCAACCUCAAGACCAUCCUUGGCAACUAA